AUGGCUCCAUCCGCAAGAACAAGAGCGAAGACAAAAACAACAACAAAGGCAAGAAGAACCAAUUUCAAGAAGAAGCCCGUCCACCAAAAGGGUAAGCAAGAAAUUACUCUUUCGAAUUCGCCUUCGAAUUCCUCCUCCGUGGUCUGCGAUGAUCCUCCGAAGAUCGAAGGAGGCGCAGAUGAUUUGGAGGGUCCUGAUGAUGUCUCUACAAGCGCUUGCUCCACACCAAAAGGUCAGAGAUUUCGGAUACCGGAGAUUGCGACAUGUCCACCGGCGCCCAAGAAGCAAAGAGUGAUUUCAAACUGCUUGUUUCGGAGAUCUCCCAUCGCUUUCUUUGCUCCACCGGACUUGGAGCUCUUCUUCUACUUUGCAAAUGGCGGUAUUUCAGUUUAA